GUGCUACUCUUCGUAUAGGGAGCGACGAUAUAAUGAAGAAUCGCACUCCGCGGUCCGACAGCGGACAGACUGAUGUGUAUACACUAUAGUGUGCGCACCGCGGUGCGGACGGAAAAGAAGAAUAUACUUAGUUACGCGUCACGACUCACGAGUCUCACGACUACGAGCAGCACUAGCAUGAGUAUAGUAGCCUGCCCUGCGGGCUGCGGCAGUAGAGUGAUAGAGUCAUAGAGUGUGGGCUGUCAGGUGAGUAAGAGAGGCCGGGGUGCAGCGAACACAAGUCGUCCGUCAAGCAUCUUCAAGGACCGAGGAACAGGCGACGACGAAGUUGAGGCUUCCAGGACAAUAGCUGAACAAGGGAUCCACCUAACUAGUGGAUUCCUGCCCAGAUGAGGUAAAUGGAGAACUUGCGAAUGCCAGUCGAAUCUCUUUACAGCCAAGAUGGACAGGGUACGAUUAUUGCCAAUACAAUUGCCACCUGCCAGCAGCAUAAGUGGAAACAAUGGAACUGCAAAAGGAAAGAUAUCAUUUGUAAGACGCCUAGCUUUAGGUUUUAUAAUACUGGCAGGACUAGGACUACUUUACGUUCCAGCGUACCACUCAGCUCAGGGGCAGUUUUCUGGUUUAGGUGAGACUCCGUCCCCAAUGGGAUCUGUGGGAGGUACACACUUCGUAGCCUCCUUAGCUCAGCUACAUGGCUGGGGCUACAACACAUCUCGAGAUGUGUGCAGUUACAUCCAUCCUGAGAACACUACAGCUAUUCUAAACCCAACAACUAUUUGCAAUGAAGUACCAUACCUACUCAUUGUAGUAUGUUCGGCAGUGCCGAAUUUAGGCGCAAGAAUUGCUAUUAGAAACACAUGGGGAAACAAAAGCAAUUUGGAUACACAGUAUGAGUCUCCUGUAAAAGUUGCUUUCCUCUUGGGACAAAGUGAUAAUGAUACACUAAAUAGUUACGUGAUAGAUGAGAGUCACUUGUACAACGAUAUAAUUCAAGAAAGCUUUCAUGACACAUACAAUAAUUUGACAUUAAAGUCAGUAAUGUUACUCAAAUGGGCAACGAUGUAUUGCGAUAAAUUAACUUAUCUUAUGAAAACAGAUGACGAUAUGUUUGUAAAUGUUCCGGCUCUUGUGAAAGCUCUAAAAGGACGACCCAAAAGUACUGGAACACUUAUUGGAUCUCUUAUUUGCAAUGCUCGACCUAUUACAGAUCCAAAAAACAAAUGGUAUACGCCAAAGUAUAUGUACUCGGAAAGGACCUAUCCGAAUUAUUUGUCGGGUACAGGGUACGUGAUGAGUUUUGAUGUCGCUCAACGUCUGUAUAAAGCAGCCCUUUCCACGCCUGUUCUCCAUCUGGAAGAUGUCUACAUAACCGGGGUGUGCGCAAAGCGAGCGGGUCUCAGGCCAACAAACCAAUACGGCUUUAGUUACAUUCCGCGUAAACUCGAGACCUGUGCCUUGCGAGACGUCAUAACCGCCCACAAGGUCAACGCUACGACAAUGCAGAUCAUUUGGAGUAAACUUAAUGAACCCAUGGAAACCGCUUGCGCUAGCGCUAAUCAUUCUGCAACCGAUAAGAAGAGCGCGACAGUUAGUCGACUCGGUAGACACAUCGGUUAUUUUCUGCUUAAGAGCCGCAUACUCAGCAGCAGGUGCGCAUAGAUGACAUAGCCAACGUUUUCGCGCAAUGAAAAUGACUGCGAAUCAAUGGCUGUUGCUGUCGAGUGAAUUUUAUUGGCUGUAGUUAUAUUUUUAAUUGAAUCACCGAGUUAGGGACUUCGAAAGAGUCUCUAUAAUUGCUGCCAAACACUAUGACGCGAUAACUGCAUUCGCUUAUGGCUUUCGAUCCAAUUAAAAAAUCGGAAUGACUUUCUGGCUCUCUUUCUUCUUUCAUAAUUGUCUCCCGUUAAACAUACAGCUGUCUCAAACAUCUAUCAAUUUAUUGAUUUUUUGAUUUUUUGUUAAAAUAGAUUAUUUGAAAAUAUCAAACUUGGUCAUAUUCAGUUUUGUAGGAGUGGAAAAUUUAUUGGAAUAAACGAACAAAAUUCUUUCUCGGCGUUUCGACUAGCUUAAACUUUAACAGUAGUAGCCAUCGCACAUUAUUUUUCAGUUAUUACAUGAAUUUAAAAUUCGUUGGAAGCUAUUAAAGUUUUUUUACACGUAUAUAUGUAAUAAUUAACAAAUAAUGUGAUGAUGUGGUAUAAUUUAGCCUUAACACUUAAUUUUUGUAUCCUGGGGAGGGCAACUCCUUUUAAAGUUUAAGUUGCGGCCGAAACGUAAAGGAAGAAAAUAAGAUAAAUUUCUUCUCUUACAAUUUUCUUCGUUUACACCAAUAAAUUUUCUACUCUUACAAAAUUAAUUAAUAUGAACAAUAGAGACGCUUCAAGAUUUGUCAUAUUCAGAUUUAAGAUUCCUGCUGGUGUUCAGUCAUAGCCUUUUUUCUUCAUAUACUUCCCUUGAGGCUUGUUUUUUAAAAAUGACUUUUACUCUCAAAGUGGUCAUACGAAUAUGAUUGACGAUUCAACAAUAUAUUAUAAAUAUAUUUUUUUCGGCACCACCUGUAAAGUGCGUUCUUUAACCCUUCCUACAUAGCGCUAAAGUGCACACUUUACGCUUAACGUGGAGAAAAAUAGCAUAUGCAGUACAGAGAAAAAAAGGCCAAACAAAAGCACGUAUUUCCAUUAAAUUUACACGUUCUCUUGACUGAUCUAAUUUUUUACUCCUCCAGUUCGUUGUCUACUAUCUCGAAUGCUAUUUAAAUCAAAUUAUCAAUCAAAUAAUUAAUAGAUUAACUUUUUUUUUUUUAAUGAAUAAAAUGCUUAUUUGCACCUAAUAACAGGUGAGAUUUCAGAUGAGAAAUUUUUAAAAAUCGAAAAAAUGUCUGAAAUGCUUCGAAACCUAGUUUUUUUAACUUGUUUGAGAGGAGGCGACUCCCAAUAUUAAAAAACUCGUUUUUGAUUAAAUAAGAGGAUCUAGCAGCUUCCGGACCAAAAUUACAGAUGAGAGUAGCCAGAAUUUUCAUGAUACAUUAUCUUUAAAAUGAUCAAAGAUAUUGUGAUCUGAAGAUAUUGAAAUUUAGUCAAAAUGAUGUCACUGAAGAGAUCUCUAACAAAUUGUAAUUUUUCUUUUUAAAGCACAAUUUCGAGAUUUUUUAUACAACGAUACAUGACUCUGUUAAAGGGGGCCCCUUAGUCAAUUAGAGUCAAGAUUUCGUGCCACAAAAUAGCAGCCGACAAAAGAAACUAAUUGCUUAUAAAAAAUAAUUGAAACAAAAUUACGAUAAACUACGACAUAGUUGCUCUCCGUAAUGUAAUAAUCUCUCAUUUUACAAAGUUUGAAGUUCAUGUGUCAACAUCUCACAGAAAAAAGUUCGAAUAUAACGUCAUAAACUAACGCAAUUUAUACUUCAUUUUGUAAGAUAUUGAUAUAUGAACUUUAAAAUGAUGGAUAAUUAUAUUACCGAGGGCAAGUAUAUCUCGUUUUAUUGUAAUUUCGUUUAAAUUAUUUGGUAUGAGCAAGUUAGAUUCUUUUGUCUUCUGCUACUUUGUGGCGCGAAAUCUAAAUUUGAAUAAACUAUAUGGAACCCCUUAAGGCAUUUUCAUGACUAGUAUCACUUAUAAAAUAAAUGUUCAUCACAGAAAGAAAACUCUAGACAAUGACUUUAUCUUUCCUUAAUGAUACUGUAUGUGCGUUUGUUACUACGAUUUUUAAAUUCACAAAGAAAAAUCAUAUUCGAAUGUCCCAGAGUAAACUCCUCGAAGCGGUUUUUGACUAUUGAGUGAUAUUAAACUUAACAAUGUAAUAUAUUAGUUUUCUACUAUUUUUAUCAUAUUCACUGUCCUAGAAAUAGUACAAUAUUAUAUACUUCUUGCAAAUACUUUUCAUAGUACUUUUCAUAAAAUAGUAGUCUCCUAUAAGCAUAAAAGGCAAAGAAAAAUUGAUUCUUACGACCUUUUUGAACUCCUAGUGCUCAAAGUUAUUUAAACAUUAAAAUACAUAGCAUAAUAUUUUUAGAAUAGUUUAUUUGAAGAAAUUUCUUGACAUUCAGAUUAGAGAAAAUAAUAUUGAUGAAGGAUGACAUUUUAAAUAUUUUUUAUUUAGAUUAAUGAAAAGCCUAUUACCAUGACUUCUCAACUUGAAUAUUAAAACGUUUAUAAAUAUCUAAAUAUUUGCAAGAUUUUAUAUGUAUUUUGAUUAAGGUAGUUCACCGACUGCAGUGGUGCUCAAUUAGUGUUUUUAUUAGAAAAUUCCUUUUUUAAGAUAUUAUACAGUGUUAUCUAAUAUCAAAACCUUACAAUUUAUAGUAUCAAACAUUAGCAUAGUGCUAUAAAUUGUUUAGAGUAUAAAAUACUCUCAAAACUUGUAAGAGAGAGAAACACUGCGCACCUAUAUAGAUAUACUGAUAGCAAGGGAUGAAAACUUUGAAUUGUUGUAUCUUAAAAAAAAGCCUCGCUUGCCCUGUCCAACUUUUUCUCCAUGAUUUAUAUUGUUAUUUUAAAUCAUAAGCUAGUUUUUAAAAAAUAUUCUAAGAAAACUCGCAUCGCAAUUCAACUAAACGUCCUCAAAAUUCGGACCCGGUAUAGGCUUCCCAUGUUAAAAUACAAAAUUUCAAGAUUCAAUAUCUCUAAAAAUAAUGUCGCUUGGAGGGUAAAAAAAUACCACGUUGUAGAGGACACUUAAUUGUUUAACAUGUAAACAAAGUUUGAGCCAUAUCCUAAGAAAAUAAAUAUUCCGGUGAACUACCUUAAGUGAGUUUGAAAAAAUUCAAAAACUAAAAUAUUUUUGCAGCUUGUUCACCUUCAUUUGUAUACAAAAUUGACAUUUUACGGUUUUUAAUAUUAUAUGAACUUUCUGAAGAGUAAUAAUACAUUUUGCUGAAACUCAUUCCUAGAAAAGUGUAAUGGUUUUGUAGUUCAUAUAUAGUUACUGAGAUAAAAUGGAAGCAACGAAGAAUAUACGAAUGUACAGAGGUGAACUAAAAUAAGCUUAUCAAUAUAAUGUGUAGAUAUGGUU